AUGGAGUUAGGACUUGUAAUGAACGAGAGAAGAGAGAUGGGAAGGAGAAGAGGGAAAGAAUCCAAAUCAUACACGCUUCCCUCAUCACCCUCUCACUCUUUCUCCUCUUCUUCCUCCUCAGACUUCGAGUUCACAAUCUCAAUCUCGCCGCGUAAAUCCUCCACCACACUCUGCCCAGCAGAUGAACUCUUCUACAAGGGCCAGCUCCUCCCUCUCCACCUCUCCCAACGCAUUUCCAUGGUCCGCACGCUCCUCCUCUCCUCCGCCAGCACCUCCUCCGCCUCCACCGCUGCACGGGACUCCACCGGCAGCAGCUCUAACGACUCUCACUCUUCCUUCACCAGCGACCUCGCGCUUUUUCCCGACUGUGAUUCUUCACGUCCCAGUUCCGUAACUGAGGAAGACGAAUUCAAGCGCCUCAACAACAGUAACAGCAACAGCGUCAACAAUCCAUCUCCUAUCUCCAAAAAGUCUAACAAGUACUUCUCCUUCUCCAGAUUCUCCUCCGUCUUCCGCAAGGAAAACAACGGACCUGUCAAAACCCGUGACCUAGACAACGCCUCUGCUAAUAAUUCCUCCGUGAAGCGAAUGAGCGUCACGGCAAGGGAGGUUAUCAGAAAGUAUUUCAAGAAGGUCAAGCCUCUCUACGAGAAGCUCUCCCAGAAACAGCAGAGGACGGCAGCGGAGGGUGCAAAUGCAAUGACUUCAGUUUUUUCUCUUUUAUCCAAGACGGAGAGAUCUACCAAACUAACCGAGGAUACCAAGAGAGGCAGAAAAGAUGGCGUGGGUGCGCUUUCUCACUCUUUCUCUGGAAACCUCAGAUACCCCAGGAGAAGAAGCUGUGUUUCGAGUUGUCCUUCUUCUAUGAGAUCAUCCCCGAAUCACUCUGGUGUUCUUUCUCAAAGAGGUGCUGCUAUGUAUUGUGGAGACACUUCUUCAAUGGAAGAGUUGCAGAGCGCAAUCCAAGGAGCUAUAGCCCAUUGCAAGAAUUCUUUGAUUCAGAACAAAACUAUGGUCAGUAACGAAAUCUAA